ACCGGCGAGCUUUGUCGCGUGAACAAAAUAAUCAUAAAUCGCGGGAAAAUCGCAUUUCUUGUCAGUUGCCGCGCAAACGCUGGGCAGCGCAGACGCGUAUGUCAAAAUACAAUGCGCGGGAAAUCGAUCGAGACCAAACUCGAAUAGUGCUUUUAAAGUUCCGGUCAAAAAUAAUGUGAUAGUAAUUAAUAAGUGAAAUUAUUCCCUGUGAUAUUGUGUACACAUAAGUACUUUUUUUUUAGUAAAAGUGCAAUUUUAUCAUAAUGGCGGAUGAAAAGAGCAGAUUGACCAGUCCCAAUCAGGUGACAGAUUCUGAUGUCGAAGAUAAUAAUUACGGUGCCUUGUCUGAGAAAGACUCAAUACCAUUCAUCAAGAAUGGUCUCCCAGCUACCAUCACCAAGACGCCUCUUCCUAGCAAGGCAAGCAAGGAGGGAAGGGGCAAAGCCCUGAGGCAGGUGAUGGCCUCGUUCAUCGCUAACUUGGGCACCAUUAAUACUGGCAUGGCCUUUGGAUUCUCGGCCACGUCACUCCCGCAGCUGAAGCGACCGGACUCCUAUAUACAUAUUACGGAUGAUCAGGCUAGUUGGAUUGCAAGUUUAAGCGCAGCGGGCACGCCGAUAGGAUGCAUUCUCAGCGGGUACCUCAUGGACAAUAUCGGUCGCCGGCGAACUCUCAUCAUCACGGAAAUACCUCUCAUCUUCGGCUGGCUCAUGGUCGCUUUCGCUCAGAAUGUUCCUAUGCUUUAUAUUGGCAGGCUGAUGAUCGGUUUCGGCUCCGGCAUGGUGGGAGCGCCGGCCAGGGUCUACACGUGUGAGGUCUCGCAGCCACAUCUCAGAGGAAUGUUAGGAGCCCUCGCUUCUGUUGGCGUGUCAACUGGUGUUUUGAUACAGUACGUAAUAGGCAGUGCAACGUCAUGGAACAUUCUAGCAGGGAUCAGCGCCACAGUGCCGAUACUCUCGUUCCUGGGGAUGCUAUUCCUCCCGGAGACUCCCAACUAUUUACUGCAACAGGACAAGAGAGAGAGAGCUGAGAGUUCUCUUGCGAAACUAAGAGGUUCCACUUGUAACUUGGAAGAUGAAAUACAGAAGAUGAUUGCGUUUAAAGAGAAGAAUCAUGUUGAACCGUUGCACGGAGCCCGCGAGAUAAUCAAAGCGUUGCUGUCACCUUCAACACUGAAACCUUUCACUAUCCUGGCGAUCUACUUCUUCGUAUACCAGUGGUGUGGAGUCAACACCAUCACUUUCUAUGCCAUUGAAGUUUUUGAGGCAUCAGGGGCGAUGGCGAACAAGUAUUGGCUGACAAUAUCCAUGGGGAUCGUGAGAGUCAUAUUCACUGUCAUCGGCUGUAUACUCUGUAGAAAGUGCGGUAGAAGAAUGCUCACCUUUGUCUCUGCACUCGGCUGCGGCAUUACGAUGAUAAUCCUGGCCAUCUACAUGUACUUCGUGAAGUUCUGGCGAGACAACGACCUGGAGCCCCAGUACUCCUGGAUACCCGUCGCUAGCAUCUUCAUCUUUGUUAUAUCUUGUACCCUGGGGUAUUUGAUCAUACCCUGGGUCAUGAUUGGAGAGGUUUAUCCUACUCAGGUGCGUGGUAUAGUGGGCGGUAUGACGACGUGCGUGGCGCACAUGUCGGUGUUCUCCGUCGUGAAGACGUUCCCCUUCCUCAAGUACCAUCUCAACGACUACGGCGUCUUCGGCUUGUAUGGCACCAUGUCGUUGCUUGCCAUAAUAUUCUUCUACUUCUGCCUCCCUGAAACAAAAGGCAAGACUUUACAAGAGAUAGAGGACUACUUCAGUGGCAGAACGAAAUCCCUCACGCGACGCAACACGCAGACUGAGGGUGCGUGACGGAAUCAACGUGAAAUAGGGGAUAUCUGAUGUGAGAGGUUAUACUGGACCUAGUAUAGUUUUAAAUUAAUGAGCUUUAAAAGAAGAAAACUUAAAACGUGAAACUAAACUAUGAAGUCGUUUGGGAAAAAAUCACAUUGUCGACUCCAAAUUGUUGCUAAGUAGGCCAUGAUUGUUGAAAAUUUUGAAAAACAGUUUUCGGCAGAUAAGUGUCCCUAAACACGCCUUCAGUUUUUUUUAAGUUUUAUAUUCCAGUUCAUUUAGGUAUUAUUUUAAAGCUCAUUAAUUUAUAUGAGGUAUGGUUUCAGUGUAACGGCAAUGCUUUAAGAAACAUAUUUAAUUGUACAUAAUAACUCUUCGGAGUAAGCUAAUGCCAUAUAAAUCAGCAAAGCUGACAAAGUUUUGAUAUUACAAAGAUCUAAAAAUCAAGAAGAGAUUUUUCUAUACAUUUUUAUUGUACAGUAUUACCUCAUUGGAUUUGUAAAUAAAUGUGAAUUGACGAACAAAAAUUCAAAAAAUACCAAUAAAAAAUACUUUUGCUAAAAUUCAUAUGAAAAAUAUAUAUAUAUAUUUUUUUUAUAAAAAUAAAAGAUAAAACUGAUCAAUUAUGUAAAUACGAUAAUGUUAACUUAAAGAUACUGAAAAACUAAGUGCCUUUAUCGAAGGGCAUAUUAUUUACUUAACUUGUGUGAAAGUUGAUUUAUUGUUAAGACCUGUUUCUAUGUACAAACCAUAUUUUACCGACCAACUUUUCAUUAUACAAAGAAAAUAUAAAAUAGGUCUUAACAUUUGUUGUGAUUUGUAUGUGAUGUUGUUGUAUAUUUUGUGAAAGUAUUAUACUGUAGUUUGAACUAAGAAUAGUCUAAAUAAUUCUAUUUUUGUAGAAAUUAUACGAAUAAAUGUGCCAUUUUACCAAGUUUGAGUCACAAGAUGUGGUCACAAAGAAAUCAUGAUAACGACAACACCGGAAUAGUCCUCGAUAAGGAUAUAAAAUGAAAUAGAUAUCCAUUUAAAAUAAUCCAUAACUUGUCAAGUGAAAUAAAAUUAUUCUGUCCUCGUAUGCAGAGCGCACUUGAUUAUUUGGCAUAUCUAUUUUAUUUUAUAUUCAUGUAAUAUCAAGUUUUGUACAUUAAACAUAAGUACAAAAUAAUCCAAAUAGAUGUUGUCUUUUACAAUGUACAUUUAAUAAUACGUAAAUAACGUUAUGUUACCAUUUUUCUGUCUUCAGCAUACAAUGCAUUUUAUUUAUUGUUAUAUUAAUUUAUUUUAAAUGAAAUAGUGAAGCAUUUUGUGAUAGUGAUUUAGAAUAGAAAAUAGUGUAAAUGUAAAAUAAUUGUUGAACAUAUCUGAUUUAUUGAAAAUAAAGAAAAUAUUUCAUGA